AUGUAUGGCGGAAGGGGGGUGGGCCAGGCGCCAUCCACCUCGGCUCCCCGCAAGAGGGACCACCACGACCACAGCUCCGAGGAGGAGGAGAAGACGACGGAGGACUCCCAGCCCCCGAAGAAACGGGCCAUCUACGUCAUCUUUGGGGGGCCCGAGGGAGGAGACUCGCCAGCCGAGUGGAAGAGGUGGGCGAGGAGUUUGUACGUGGGGGAGGUCACACGGACCCCCCACGAGAAGAAGCCAAAAAGGGAGCCCAUCACGUUCACCGACGCCGACCUGCCAGAUGGGCCCCUCCUCCACCGUGACGCCCUGGUGGUCAAGCUGGACAUCAACAACGUGGUGGUGCACCGGGUGCUCGUAGACACGGGUAGCUCGGUGAACGUCAUGUACUACGACACGUUUACCCAGUUGGGAUUCUCGAGAGGGCAGCUGGAGCAAGUACGGACCCCCCUGUCCGGGUUCACGAGGGACUCAAUUGAGACGGAGGGUUGA